ACUGCCUGCUGGACGCGUACGAUGGAAACAGAGAGUUGUUUGCCUUUCUCUUCGCAGACCAGCAGGAGGACGCCAGGUAACUCACCGAGACUGGAGCACAGCGGCCCCGGCUCCUUUCUCCCCUGCGAUGAGCUGCAGAAAGCCUCGCAUCUCCCGCCUCCUCUUCCCCACCGCCUCAGCCUGCGCGGGGACCUGUACGCCGCCGCCAUGGGGAGGUUUGGGGAUGCUGCGGCGGACUUUACGCACGGCGCUGCCUCCGCCAACCCGCCCGCCUCCCCGUCCAAACACAGCAAGUUCUUGGAGAGUAUACACGAGGAUCCAAAGGGGACAGCGAUUAACGGCAAGCCGGCGUUUUAUGACAACAGCUCGGAAGGCAGAGAGAAAGGAGGUCCAAAGCCCAUGGGCUAUCCUGGCAUUGGCACAGACUGUUGCGGCAAGCUGAAGGAGCCGGGUGCCGGUUUGGGGGACUCCAUCGCCGACUCCAUCGACUUAUCGGGCAAGAACAAAAAACGUCGCAAUCGUACCACCUUCAGCACCUUUCAGCUGGAGGAGCUGGAGAAAGUGUUCCAGAAGACGCACUACCCUGACGUGUACGCCCGGGAGCAGCUGGCCCUGAGGACCGAGCUCACCGAGGCUCGGGUUCAGGUUUGGUUCCAGAAUCGUAGAGCCAAGUGGAGGAAACGGGAACGUUAUGGAAAGAUCCAGGAAGUCCGCAACCACUUUGCAGCUACUUACGAUAUCUCUCUUCUCCCUCGGCAUGAUGCAUACCAGAUGCAGGGCAACCUGUGGCCCGGGGCCGCUUCAGGAGGAGGCGGUGGUUCAGGUGCCGGCUGUGUCCUCGGAGCGGACUCCAUCCCCUCGUCCUGCAUGAGUCCAUACCCUCACCCCCACAGCAAUCUGCAGGGCUUCAUGGGCAUGCCUCCAUCACCCAGCCAUCCCCAUCACCACCACCCGCCUCACCAUCCAGGCAUCAACGGCCUCUAUUCACUCCACAGCUUUCCAGGAGCCCUCGGGCCCCCUUCCAUGGAGGGGCCUGAGACUGACUACAAGCCGACGGGCCUUGUGGCGCUGCGUAUGAAAGCCAAAGAGCCAGGCAGCAUCCUCUCCUGGCCUACAUGACCACAACAGUGCCAGAACCCCAUUAUGCACUGACUGAGCCAAAGCUUAUUACAUUCCUGAACCAUAAACAGUCCCCGAUGUACACACCCACCUCAGCGUAUGACUCAAAGCCUCCGAACAUUUAUGUAAACUUGGACACUUUUCACAAUUCAGAAGAUCUUGGAAUAUGAAUUUCAUGAACAUUGAGGGCAACUUGAGCCUCCAGCAUGAAAACCCAGUGUAUUCAUAGGAACUUUGUUGUUUCCAGUUGUAGUUUGACAUCACAUUGCUGAGACCAAAGACAAACAAUUAUUUAAGCAUGUAAAAAUUGUAAUUAUCAUUUUAAUCAUUGUUUUUUGUGUCUGUUGUGCUUUAUAGUGUGACCAGUAAUAAAGGCCUCCAUCUAAA